AUUUAAACACGUUGGGUAGACUGGGUACUAGAGAAGGAAUAAUUUGGCAAGUAUUGUCGUAGAAAAUGUUUUCGGCGAUAAAACUUUGAUUGUUAAGUGAAGUCCAUAUAUAAAAUCCAAAGUUCCAAACCUUAUUGUUGUGAAAUAUAUUUUCUUGAACUUUUGUAAUUAUCAUAUUGUGAUACUUUUUAUUUUUAUCGUUGUGAUAUAUACUUAAGAGGUCAGUUAGAGAUGAUUCCGAUAAUAUUUUAAGAUAUAUCUUGAUAAGUUAUACUUUUGGAAAUGAUCGUUUAUGUUGUAUAUAUAUACUUCUGCUAUUCGACGUUGAAUAAUAUUGGAGUUCGGUUUACAUCCGGUUACACAAACCGAUUGGGGAUAAGAAUAUCCUUCAUGUAGUUGUCAUAUUCUCGAUAUUCUAGCAUCUGUUGUAACUAGUCUGUUGUUCAAAAAAAAAAAAAAAAAAAGAAGUUGUAACUAGUCUUGUGUUAGUGUGGAUACUCCUAUAUCUUGGGAGCUAGAGUUGCAUAUAGGAAACAUCGUAUUCCUCAUUCAAUACACAGAAAAUUCCAGUUUCUGUUUCUCACUUCAAAUAAUAGCUGAAAGAAAGUUACCAAGUAUUUUUUUCUCUUUUUGAAAAUGGGUUCAAACUCGUCAACCGCAGCUUCAACAGAAGUUUCUACCAUUGUGAAGCACUGGAGAGAGCAUCCUCCUUCGUCUUAUUCCCUUAAGAUUCACAACUUCUCCGAACUUGAGAAGUCGACUGCCUUAUCUGAUCAUAAAUACCAAUCUCGUCUUUUCACCUAUGGUGGAUAUAACUUGAGACUGAUCAUAUACCCAAAAGGGAACGGAGAAGACAAUGUGAGAGGAUUUAUCUCCAUGUAUGUGGAAAUAGAUAGCAAAAGCUUGAUGCUAUUCACAUCACCUACAGAGAUUUUUGCGGAACUUCGUUUCUUUGUCUAUAACAAGAAAGAAAACAAGUACUUUACUAUUCAAAGUAAGCUACAUCUCAUGCUCUCUAUAUAUAUAUAUAUAAGUUCACAUAUAAUAGUCACCAAUAUAUAUAUAUAUAUAUAUAUAUAUAUAUAUAUAUAUAUAUAUGUGUUCUCAGAUGUGGGAGUAAAACCGUUCAGUGAACUUAAAACGAGGUGGGGGUUGCAGCAAGUUCUUCCAUGUGAUACAUUUAAUAACCCUGACAACGGUUACAUCUUUGAGGGAGGUCAAUGUGAGUUUGGUGUUGAUGUCAUUGUUGCUCCAUCCCUUACCAAUUGGGAAGUCCUCUCUUUUACUAAGAAAUACUUUGAUCCUAAGUUCUCUUGGACUAUAAAAGAUUUUUCUGAGUUGAAAGAGGAUGUCCAGAAAUCAAACAGUUUUCCAAUGGGAGGAAAGGAAUGGGUUCUAGCGCUGUAUCCGAAGGGAGCCUUAGAAGCACAUGGAAAAUGGCUAUCCAUUUUUCUGUGUCUAGCCGAUAGUGAUAAACCAGAAGCUGAUGAGAAGAUUUUCGUGCAAGCACGUCUCGGAGUUCUUAACCCACUUGGAUCCUAUCACUUUGAAUAUCCAUUGGAAACGUGGUACACAGAACAAAGCCCGGGUUGGGGUUGGGCUCAGUUCUUACCUUUAGCUGAACUUCCAAAGGUUUAUUUGGACAAGGAAGACGCACUUAAAGUUGAGAUCGAAUUUAAAGUUGUUUCUGAGACCAAAUACUCUUUCACAGAAGCGGAUCCACUUGAAAAGGACUGGGUUCAAUUAACACCAGAAAAUUAAAUAAAUUAGAUUUUAGGCUGUUUUCAUUAAUAAAUUAGGGCAGAGUUGGUCUAAAGCUCUAAUUUUCAUUACUUUUAGAAUUCCUUUGUUUUUGUUUUUGUUUUUUUUUUUCAUUGUUUUUGUUAAGCACAAUUUGAAUUUUUCCUAUAAAUUUGGUUUUUUAAAGAAAACUCCCCUUUGCGCUUUGUUAAACUAAGCACCACCACAAGUAAAGGGUUAUAAUUAAUAUUGGUAAAAAUCACAUUUUUUUGCCAACUGAAAUCAGCAUACUGUUCAAAGUUGGUCUGGUCCUUUCCUUCUACCAUAAUGGUUGUUGGUAAACAGAAUAGAUCGGAUAGAUAUUUAUAAUAUGAUAGUGACGUCUUUGUCGUUGUAAGACAAAUAUUUUUCCCUUAAAGAUGUACGUUGCAUUCACUUUGAAUAUACAGGAGUGUUGGUUACAACAAAUAUGGGAAUGAUAAAGGAAAACGUAGUCGAUGAAAAUAAAAUGAAUCACAUAUUAAAAUGAUGUUUCAAUGAAACAGCAAUUCAACUCUCAUAUGCCAUGAGUUGAGGAGUAGAAUUUUUUUUUUUUUUUCGUUAGUAAAAGGCGAAGGAAUAGUUCGCUUUGUGCUCACCACAUGGCUGCGUUAAAUGAUUGAUUCAAUAUGAGGAAACAAUGAUUGAUGACAUGAGGAAACAUGGGAACUUUCCCAGGAAAACAGAGGAAAAGAUGAAGAAGAACUAUCACUUUUGUGGUUGGAUAGUGGAUACUUGUGUCGUGGAGAUAUAGUUUUCAAUCAGAAAACCGCCUGGUUUGCAAAUACGCAGCCAUGUUUUUUUUGCGUUUGGGACGACUGCUUCUACAAUUUUCUUUAUUAUGAGGCAUCGAUUGUUAGUAACAUUUAGAAAGUCAGUAAAGUGCAGGCAGUAACGUUUGGGCAAAAGGACAAUGACUGAUUCUAAAUGUUACUAAUAAUAGAAGCCAAUUCACAAUGCAGCUUCGUUGGUAAAAGUAGAAACGUGAAAGAGAAAACAAAACGCAAUAUUUGAGAAAUGUCGACAGAAUCAAAACUCAACGGAUAACAAAAAGUAUUUCUCUCCAAUUCUGCAACCAGUACUAUUGCUAGAACAGAUCCAUUAAACAUUUUUUUCCCGAAAGAAGCUAAUAUGAUCAUCUAGCUCCUGGGAGCAACCUUUUCCUUAGCCUUUUGGAGCUUCAACACCUUCUUCACAAUCUUCUGCUCCUCCACAAGGAAAGCACGAACGAUUCUGUCAACACAAAAAAAAAA